CCAAGAGUAGCGGCGGAUCGAUGUCUCGGCUGGCAACAAAGUUCUUGCCGAUGCGGGCGUUGUUGCUUGUUGGAGCAGUUGCCCGUUUCCCUGCUCGGCGAAGCUGGCGCUUCCCGGAUAUCUGUUCCAAGUGUAAAGUUUCGUGACCAGCGAUCCUUCGGAACAUCGUUCACGAUGAGGAAUAGCCCCACGUAACAUUGUCUCGUGAUCCAUUUCCGUCGCCAAGUCUCUUUAGCCCCCCCGGGACGAGACGUCGCUUUUGCGCGAUUUGCACACGGUUUAGUUCAUCGCCUUGACGUCCAGGAAACAAGGGCAUUGCACAAUGGGAGCUCCGGCGUUCAUGAAAGAGUUUCGGGACCUGAUCAACAUGCCCGCCGACGGAGGAUUUUUCGGAAGUAGCCUGACACGACAGGGAAACUGCGAGAGCUGCCUCACAAAGUUUGGCCUCCUGAAGAGAAGGCGCACGUGCGCCCAGUGCCGGCUGGCCUUCUGCUCGACCUGCCUGGGCAGGACGGAGGAGCGCACCGGCCGGUGCCGCCGGUGCCGCGCCCUCUCGGCACGACCCCCGGACCGCCAAGCGCUGCUGGGGCUGAGGGUGCGGGACCUGUGUGCCCUGCUGCGAGCCCGCAACGUCUCCCUGCACGGCGUCACGGAGAAGACUGAGCUCGUGGACCUGCUUCUCGGCCAGGAGCCACCAACUGGCCGGGAUCCGCUUCAGGGGCAAGAUCCGCCUUUCGGGCAGGACCGGCCUCCUGGGCAGGACCGGAACACCCCGCCGCCGCCGAGUGGAGGACUCUUUGGUGUUCAGGAGAUUCCCACCGUGGUCGAGACGCCGCUGCCACCGUACUGGCAGGAGCCGGAAGCAACCUCUUCAUCACCGAGUCACCACGAGUCUCCGCAGCAUCCCGGGCCCGAGGAGGAUGGUUUUGAGUGGGUCACCGCUGAAGACCUCGAGUUCUCGGGCGCCAGAGAACCCCCGGGCAACGGUGAACCCGGGCCGCACAGUGCCAGCGAAGAGCAGCCAGCGGGUGCCGGCGGAGGGGCGUGCUCGAGUGGUGGGAGUCCCCAGGCGACUGUGGGCAGCGAGCCGCAGCAGGCCUGCCUGUGCCUCGACCAGUUUGAGAGCGAGGAGGAGCUGUCGAACCUGUCGGUCAUGCAGAUGAAGCUGCUGCUCACCCGCAGCUUCGUCGACUACCGGGGUUGCUGUGAGAAGUCGGAGCUUCAGGAGAAAGUUGUCUGGCUCUGGAAGCAGAGGCGCAAGCAGCGGAUGCAGGGGGACGAGGUGGUGGAGGAGGAACUGUGCAAGAUCUGCAUGGAAGGCUGCGUGGACUGUGUCAUCCUGGACUGUGGUCACAUGUGCACAUGCACCCAGUGCGGCAAGCAGCUCAGCGAGUGCCCCAUCUGUCGGCAGUAUGUGGUGCGCGUGGUGCACGUCUUCAGAGCCUGACCCUCGACAAGGGCCGCACUUCGCAAAGGCCACAUCGACCUCAAGCCUUGUCCCCGUGAUUUGGACGUGGCAACGGGCUAGCGAACGUGCUCGCACGCCUCGGUGCCUGUCAGGGCCUACCCUCUGACAUUGCUCUUCUGCUUUGAAAAUGGGCGAGAGCAGCCUCAUGGCACCUACUGUUUGCUUGCAGUGGUGAGCUGCUGUCUCGGGCAGGACUCGUGCGAUUUCAGAUUAAACUCGGCACUAGCAAUGCAGUGUGGUCUCCUUUCCUUUAAUCCUUUGCCCUGCUCCUUGUAUAUUUGACUUUGUGGGCCUGUGUGUGCAUUAAAUAGUUUGUUCCUUUUUACUUUG